CGUGUAAUACAGUAGGUGUAGAUGAAAUGGACGUAGGUUAUAUAAGGUCGUGUGUGCUUCAAUAAAUCGCCAUUUUACCACCCUACCACCUUGGUGUCACUUGGUAAUUGGUCUAACUACUGCUUCAGUUGGAGGCGAGAGAUCGUAAAGCCAUUAACGAUCGUAAAGCCUUCAAAUGGUGACCGACCGACGUGAUCGACGUAAUUAGGCGUGAUUUGGGACACUUGAAGCAAAGUAGUUGUCUGCGUUACGGCCGCAGGAUCCCGUUGCGGUAGCGAAUCCUUAUCACGGAGUAGCGGAAGCCCAGGGUCGAAGAGGAGUGCGCAUCACUCUUCGACAGGUGGGAGAGAGAGCUCUCGGAAUCUCGGAACCCCCAGGUAUCUUCGGGGAAGCGCCAGGGUACGGCCAGGAGACUUACGUUCGGCCGAGGCGACAUGGAAGCCGUUAUCAAGGUAAUUCUUCACGCUUGCAAACUUCACUGUGGGAAACAGGCUCCUUCCAAAAAGGAGGUAACAGCAGUUCUUUCGCUGCUGGAAAAGGAAGGGCUUUUAACAAACCCGUCUGAUUUAUACAAUCCUGGCAGAUGGGAUGGAAUUACGGCCGCACUAUCUCAAAGGUCGCUGGCCACUCGAAAAGUAUCAGAAUUCAAAGUAUGGGGACUUAUCUUGGAGGCGCUGAAAGCAGCACGGGAGGAGAAGCUAGCAAACCAACGUGCUAGAGAAAUUCUGGGUUUGGAAACGGGGGGAGGCCGUGGGGGGGGUCUUGUCUCUCCUGCAGAUUCGGUGGAAGACAAGAUGGCGCCGGCUACCCCGGCCACACCUGUUGCUUCACCUUCGGAGAAAAAGAGGGACAUUCCAGAAGGCAGCCCUGAACAGGAGGACACCCCGCCUCCGCCCCCCUAUCCUAACUCCUCGUAUCCUUCAUUGGACGCCUACAGGGAUGAAGGGGGAGGGAAGCCCCUCGAGGAAUGCGAUGUUGCUACUGUACCUGAUAAGAACAAGGACAAGGAGGGGGCGGGAGAGCCAAAGGGGGGAGGCAUGGUGGUGCCACCAGAGCCAAAAGGGGGAGGUGUGGUGGUGCCACCAGAGCUGAAAGGGGGAGGCGUGGUGCCACUGGUGAAAAGUGUAGGGGUGGGUGGUACUUCCUUGCUGUCGGGUCCGGCCUGUUGCUGUGUGUACGCCCAGAAAGGGGUGGAUCGUGCCGCCCCAUAUGAUAGUAAAGAUGAAUGUGGGGGUGGUGAUUCGAUGUGGGACGCCCAAGGGGCCGCCCAAGGGGGAUGUGGCCCCACGGCACCCGUACCGUGGAGCCCACCCACUCUCACUGAUUGGGCCCAGACAAGGGAGGACCUCUGGACAGCCGACCCGGAAACAACAGCUUUUGCCCUCCCGAUAAUAGUGAAACAGGAUGGUCCGGCUUGGACCCCUCUGGAUUCCAAGGCGAUUACUCGCCUUGCAGAGUUAGUUAAGAACAAGGGCUUGCGUUCUCCGGUGACUAUGUCAGCAGUUGAGGCUCUCAUGGCCUCAAGUCUCCUGCCGUACGAUGUGGUCAGUCUCAUGAGGGUGAUUCUUGAGCCCGUGCAGUACACGCUGUGGUAUGAUGAAUGGAAUAGAUUGCUUCAGGCUGUUGUCGCUGAGGCAGCUCGUAAUAACAAUCAUCCGGCUAAUGCGCAUACAGGUCAGGGCCGUGGAGCUAGGGUUGAAAGAACUACUCUCUUGCGCCUUCAGGGACUAGCAGAUGGUAUGGUGGGGUCCCCGGAGGGUCAAGCAAGAGGGCUGAGAGCGGGGGAGUUAGCUGCGCUUACAAAGGCAGCCUUUCAGGCUCUGCUGACAGUGGCUAAAGUUGCGGAGCCUGUGCUCCCGUGGUCCGACAUCAAACAGGAGCCUUCUGAGUCAUUUUCUGAUUUUGCAAAUCGCUUGAUUCGUGCCAUUGAAGGGUCUGACCUCCCGAAGGGAGUCCAGCCUUUGGUUGUGAUAGACUGUCUCAAGCAAAAGUCGCUCCCGGACGUUCAGCAGAUAAUUAGGGCAGCUCCUGGAACUUUGAACACCCCAGGGGAGAUUAUCAAAUAUGUGCUAGAUCAUCAGAAAAAUACUCCCUCCAAUAAUGAUGGCUUGGCAACUGCCGUGCAGGGAAUGGCUGCUUUGGUGCAAGGGAUGGCUGCUUCGGUCAGCUCUGCGAUUAAAUCUGCAGUGAUGAUGGCAGCUCGCACCGGGGAUGAGAAGGGAAAAGGUCCGUGUUUCAAGUGUGGGCAGCAUGGUCAUUUUAAAGCACAAUGCCCCAAGAAAGCUGGGCAGAGCGGGUCACAGGGCCUGGGGGAGCCUUGGAAACUGGAACGGGAGGGUGCCAGCGGCCCAGGGCCCCUUCCCGCUUCAUUAAAAUGGGCCAAGCGUGUUGACCACACGGUGGCGUUGACCAUGGACCUCUUGGUCAGCCACCCAAGGGAUCCUGAAUCGAUGGAGUGCAAAAGAAGAGCUUUCUUCUGGAUACCGAAGAAACCCAAGAACCCAAAGGACCCAGAGAAACAACCCCUGCUGCCAACGAGAGACACCAUUUUGAUGCUGCUAUGUCUUUUGUCUUUAUGUUGGUCGCCGGUGGGGGGUGUUCACUUGAUCCAACAACCUGGGAAUCUGUGGGUUACUUGGGCGAAACAAACAGGCAGGACGGAUUUCUGUCUUAGCCUGCAAUCAACUACCUCACCAUUUCAAACAUGCUUAAUUGGGAUUCCUGUAUGGGGAAACUCCUCUGAGUUUCAGGGAUACGUAAGAUCAUAUAAUCCCAUACAAGAUCCAUGCAGAGAAUUCUGUGCACUAACAGCUAUUAACAUCACACGCAGAGAUUUAGGGAAUGACACUGUAAUCCUUGCCAGCAAAAGGAUAGCAUGUGUUGUUUGUACACUGAAUGUCACUCUUCCUUGGGAUCCCCAAGAGCUGCAGAUAUUGGGAUCACAACAGGCACCCAAUGACACGUGGGAUAAAAAGGGAGGCUAUUGGUGGUCUCCUGGAUGUAUUGGCUUUGCAAGAUUUAACCACGAGAGGAGCCAUUCAAAUAUUUUAGACCUUCUCACACCUCAAGGUCCUUAUUGGAAUGCACAGAAAAAUAGGUCAGAUCCAUUCACUCUCGUUUAUCCACACAAUACAGAGCAAUUUACCUGGGAUGGGUCAUAUUGUGGCUUCCUUCCAAAUAUAUCCACACCAAUGGGAAAUAGCAGUUAUUGUCCGCCUGAACAUUGGGUGAGUAACCCUGGUAUCAUUAACGUGUCGAGGCCUGAUGGCUCUCAACGGGGAAUAGAUUGCAAUCUCAGCAGCGAGUAUGCAAAAGGCUGCUGUUUUGAACCCAGGGCGAAAGGACAGGGAUCAGAAAAAUACAUCUGGAACAACUCCACUGCGAAGGCACUGCCACCAGGUAUAUUCUUGAUUUGUGGUGACCGUGCAUGGCAAGGGAUACCAGCAAAUGCAGUGGUAGGGCUUUGUUAUCUGGGAUGGUUAACUAUCUUGUCCCCACAUGCCCUCGAGUGGGUGCGCUUGACCAGAAACAUGACUAAAUCUCGGAAGAGACGGAGCAUUCAUGCGCUGGCGUCGGACUGCGGUGACAAAGUUCGCCUUUGGGAACCAACAGCGUGGAUCUUUGCAUCUAUUUUUACCCCAGGAGUUGCCGCAGCGCAAGCGCUGAAAGAGAUAGAAAGGUCCGUAAAACAGGCCAAUAUGACUUCCACACUGCUGAGUGAACUACUCGUAGACAUUGACAGUAUUAGGCAUGCUAUGCUUCAAAACAGAGCAGCGAUUGACUUCUUGCUUCUUGCACAGGGUCAUGGUUGCAAAGACUUUGAAGGGAUGUGUUGUUUUAACUUGAGUGAUCAUAGUGAGUCGUUGCACAAGAAGUUGGAGUGGUUGAAAGAACACACCAGGAAGAUUGGCAUCCAGGAUGAGCCUUCUGGGAACUGGUUGGAGGGUUGGUUUGGUGGUAUUGCACUGUGGUUCAAGCAAUUGCUUAAGAUAGUACUGAUAGGGCUUGCAAUGUAUGGCUGCAAAAUAGAAUAUAUACAGUUUAUAGAUUUCAUACGUUUAUAGGUUUAUAAGGUUACAAGUUUAUAGGUCUAUAGGCUUAUAGGUUUAUAUUGUUGCGUAUUGUAACGGGUUAAGCUUUCUUAGCAUGGGGAGGGGGAGAUGUUGUAUUAGGCGAAAUACAGGGAUCUUAUCGAGAUGUGACGUGACAGGCCCUCUCCCAUAUUCUGGAAGAAUCUUACUGACGUGUAAUACAGUAGGCAUAGACGAAAUGGAUGUA